UGAUAACAUACUUUUCCAAACACCUCACCUGUUGUCCUUUUCAAAAUAUCAACCAUCCUUUACACUGUUUCACAAUCCUUUCUUUCACCUCAGGAAUAAACUCUAAACUUGUUUAUUUUGUGCAUUUUUCUCUGCAGAAGAAGAGCGCCCCAAGCCAAAACCUCUUGUGCCCCAACUUGCUCCUCCAAAGAUUCCUGAGGGAGAACGAGUGGAUUUUGACGACAUCCACAGAAAGCGAAUGGAGAAGGACUUACUGGAGCUGCACACCCUGAUCGAUGCUCACUUUGAGCAGAGGAAGAAGGACGAGGAGGAACUCAUUGGGCUCAAGGAGCGGAUUGAGCACCGUCGAGCCGAGAGGGCCGAGAUCCAGAGAGUCAGAGCCGAGAAGGAGAAGGACCGACAGAAUAGGAUUGCAGAAGAACGUCACAGAAAAGAGGAAGAGGAGGCCAAAAAGAAGGCAGAUGACGACCUGAAGAAGAAGAAAGUGCUGUCUGGCAUGGGAGCCAACUUUGGAGGUUUCCUGGCCAAAGCCGAGUCGAGGAAGAGCAAGCGCCUGACGGGGAGGGAGAUCAAGAGGAAGACGCUGGCCGACAGACGGCAGCCUCUAGGCAUCGACAACAUGAGGGAGGACAGCCUGAGGAACCGGGCCCAGGAGAUGUGGAACUGGAUCCAUCAGCUGGAAUCUGAGAAGUUUGACUUCAUGGAGCAAAUGAAGCACCAGAGAUACGAGAUUACUGUGUUACUGAACAGAAUCCAACAUGCUCAGAAAUUCAAAAAAGGCCACGGCAAGGGGAAGGUGGGUGGUCGCUGGAAGUAAAACUGCAA